AUGCCGAAGAAGCGCCGCGCGAAUGGUCGUAACAAGCCCGCUGGGGCCCGAGGACACGUCAAGCGCGUGUUCUGCGAAUCCAGUGGCGCCCUUGUCCCGAAGGACAAGGCGGUGAGGCGUUUCAUGGUUCGCAACAUCGUCGAGUCCGCGGCGAUUCGUGACUUGCAAGAAUCGUGCGCCUUUGAGUCGUACACGCUGCCGAAGCUUUACAGAAAAGUGUACUACAGCAUCUCCGCGGCGAUCCACAGCAAGGUUGUGCGCGUGCGAUCCCGUGAGGCGCGACGUAUCCGCGACCCGCCGAAGCGCUUCCGCGCGUCGGACAAGAAGGACAAGAAGUCUGCGUAA